AUGGGAAGCACAAAUCCUCUUCCCACUCCCGAUCCCCAGAAUCCCUCCAUCCAGCAUUGGGAAAAUGGAUUAGUACUCUACUCCAACUUCAUCACGCCAGAAGAAGAAGCCGAAAUCAUCGCAUCGAUCCAGAAAGAUGAUCGUUGGUGCGGAAUCGGUAAGCGACAAACGAUGCAUUACGGUGCGCAUUUCGAUUACACCACUUUCUGCGCUUCGGAUGCGUGGACGGAUGUCCCAGAUUGGAUUGGGAAGUUGGUGGGGAGGUUGCCGUUUCGAGAGGAAGGGCGGGUGGGGGUGGAUCAAUUCACGGUGCAGUAUUAUCCACCGGGAACAGGCAUCCCGCCGCAUGUGGAUACGCAUUCGGCGUUUGGAGAGUAUUUGUAUAGUUUGAGUUUGGGGUCGGCGGUGCCGAUGGGGUUUAAGAGGUGUGGGAUUAAUGAGGAGAGGAAGGUGAGGAGGCCGAAGAGGUCGUUGGGGGAGGGGGCGGGGGUUGCAAAUGGGAGUGAGAGUGGGAAGAGGGAGAAGGCGGAGGUGGAGGUGGAUGGGGAGGAGAAGUGGGAGGUUUUGUUGCGGGAGAGGAGUUUGUUGGUUAUGAGGGGGGAGGCGAGGUAUGGGUUUGCGCAUGGGAUUCGGGGGAGGAAGUUUGAUGUGGAUGUGGAUGGGGAUGAGAAGGGGGAGGGGGUCAAGAGGAGGAGGGAGGGCAGAUGGAGUCUCACGAUGAGGAGUGUGAAGAGAGGUACGGAGAUGGGGUGUGAGUGUGCAUUUCCGGGGGUUUGUGAUGCGAGGAUUAGGGAGGAGAGGGAGAGGGAGGAGAAUGGAAAUGAAAAAGAGAAAGAUAGCGAAAUUCGGGAAAAUGUUGAAUGUAUAUCUGAAAUUAAAUCAAAAUAA